AAAUGGCAAGCUGGUGGAAAGACAAAGAGGGUGACUCAAGGCACACACAAGGCUGCAAAACAGAGCACUACCGUAGACUGUAAAUUAACAGCAGCAGCAGCUGGAGAUAAAAACUUUGACAAAAGCCCAACAAAAACAAGACAGCCUCGAAAAGUUGAUCUGCGAGCUCGAUACUGGGCAUUUCUGUUUGACAACCUCAGACGGGCAGUUGAUGAAAUCUAUGUUACAUGUGAAUCGGAUCAGAGUGUAGUAGAAUGCAAGGAAGUCCUGAUGAUGCUUGAUAACUAUGUAAGGGACUUCAAAGCAUUGAUUGACUGGAUACAGCUACAGGAGAAGUUAGAAAAAGCUGAUGCUCAAAGCAGACCUACUUCAUUAGCCUGGGAAGUAAAGAAAAUGUCUCCAGGACGCCAUGUGAUUCCCAGUCCAUCAACAGACAGAAUCAGUGUGACAUCAAAUGCACGAAGAAGUUUAAAUUUUGGGAACCCUGCUGUGACCAUUUCUGCCACCCGCCUGGCUCCUGGUGUAAGUUGGGCUGAUAAGGUAAAAGCCAGUCAUGGAACUAAAGCUGCCAGUCCUGAGCUAGCGACAGCACAAACCUGCGUGCCACCUCCUGCACAGAAGUCAUCGCGGAAAAAUGAUCGAAAGGAUGCAGAGGGCUGGGAAACAGUUCAGCGUGGAAGGCCUGUUCGAUCUCGAUCCACAGCGUUGGCUACAAAAGCUCCUGUAGCUGCAGAAUCACCAAAGUCCAGAGGUGACAGUGACAAAGAAAAUGUCAUUGCACCACCAUCAGAGAAUAAGCAUGGGGGUUCACUCGCUGACAGCAGUGCAUCCAAAAGCACUGAGCCUGUGCAGAAGGAUCCUUUACAUCAGUCUGAAGGUCCCCUUACUGAAAGGACCCAGUUCACAGCACACACCUCAGAAGACAGUGGGAGCACUGGCACACCACUGCAAGAAGAUUCCUUACAAGUAGUUUCUGAGAUGCCUCCAGUUCUCACAAAUACUGACUGUACUUCAGAAGCUCUGCAGAUAAAUGAAGCUUCCUCCGUAAUCACUGAUACUAUAGAUUGGCAUCAAACAGAAAAAGCUGAAGCUGAAACUGAAAUGGAUCCCUCAGAUAUUUCAAAUGUGAGUGCUGCCAGAUUGUCCAUGGCAGAAGUCCUUGCUAAGAAAGAAGAGUUAGCAGAUCGCCUGGAAAAGGCAAAUGAAGAAGCCAUUGCCAGUGCUAUUGCAGAAGAAGAGCAAUUAACUAGAGAGAUUGAAGCAGAGGAAAACAAUGACAUUAAUAUUGAGACUGACAAUGACAGUGAUUUCUCUGCUAGUAUGGGCAAUGGAAGCAUAUCUUUCUGUGGUAUGUCUAUGGACUGGAAUGAUGUUCUGGCAGAUUAUGAAGCUCGUGAACCGUGGCGCCAGAGUAAUUCUUGGGGAGACAGAGUGGAAGAAGAGCCUGCACGUCCACCUGGACAUGGAAUACACAUGCACGAGAAACUGUCGUCACCGUCACGCAAAAGAACAAUAGCAGAAUCCAAAAAGAAACAUGAAGAGAAACAAAUGAAAGCUCAACAGCUGAGAGAAAAGUUACGUGAAGAAAAGACACUGAAGCUUCAGAAACUGAUGGAGAGGGAGAAAGAGGUACGGAAAUGGAAAGAAGAAUUAUUAGAUCAAAGACGUAGGAUGAUGGAGGAGAAAUUACUCCAUGCGGAAUUUAAACGUGAAGUGCAGCUACAGGCAAUUGUGAAAAAAGCACAAGAAGAAGAAGCUAAAGUAAAUGAAAUUGCAUUUAUAAACACCUUAGAAGCUCAGAACAAACGUCAUGAUGUGUUAAAUAAACUAAAAGAAUAUGAACAACGCUUAAAUGAAUUACAAGAGGAGCGUCAACGAAGACAAGAGGAAAAACAAGCACGUGAUGAAGCAGUUCAGGAGCGCAAAAGAGCCCUCGAAGCAGAACGGCAAGCCCGAGUUGAGGAGCUGCUAAUGAAGAGGAAAGAACAAGAAGCACGGAUUGAACAGCAGAGGCAAGAGAAAGAAAAAGCACGAGAGGAUGCGGCACGGGAGAGGGCCAGAGAUCGAGAAGAGAGGUUGGCGGCUCUUACUGCAGCUCAACAAGAAGCCAUGGAAGAACUACAGAAGAAGAUUCAACUGAAGCAUGAUGAAAGUAUUAGAAGGCACAUGGAACAAAUUGAACAAAGGAAAGAGAAAGCAGCUGAAUUAAGUAGUGGAAGACAUGCUAAUACUGAUUAUGCACCAAAACUUACACCAUAUGAACGAAAAAAACAGUGCUCAUUAUGCAAUGUGAUGAUUUCAUCAGAAGUAUACCUUUUUAGCCACAUUAAAGGAAAAAAACACCAACAAGCUGUGCGAGAGAACAGUAGUAUACAAGGGCGAGAGCUUUCAGAUGAAGAAGUGGAGCACCUUUCAUUAAAGAAAUACAUUGUGGAUAUUGUGAUAGAGAGUUCUGUUCCUGUGGAACCAUUAAAAGAUGGAGAGGAGAAGCAAAAGACUAAAAAGAAAGCCAAGAAGCUAAAGGCACGGAUGAACUCCAGGGCAAAGGAAUAUGAGAGUUUGAUGGAAGCAAAAAAUGCUGUCUCUGAUUCCCCAUUUAAAGCCAAGUUACAACGAUUAGCAAAAGACCUUAUAAAGCACCUCCAAAUGCAGGAUAGCUGUUCGCUGGGGAACAACAAGGUUCCUGCGCUGGACAGGACUUUAGGAGAGAUCUCUCGUAUUCUGGAAAAACAGAACACAGCAGACCAAAUAGUAUUUCGAGCUGCGGGAGGACUGACUGCCCUUGAAAAUGUUCUUCAAGCAGUGACUUCUCCCACCAAUCUGAAGGCAGUUUCACGGAUUCCUUUUAAGUCCCUCAGCAGUGCAGUGAAUGUUUACAGCCUCACCUGCAGUAAUUGUGCGGAAAACUGCACUUACGUUCUGUUUAGCAAUAAGAUCACUUUUCUAAUGGACCUGUUGAUACACCAGCUUAUGGUUAGCGUGCCUGAUGAGCCUAAUGGUACUUCAGGCAGAAGUGCAAAUAGGCAGGUAUUCGAAGAUUUAACCACAGGACUUCUGAGGGUAACUGCUGUGAUUUUCAGAUGUCUAAUCUCCAGAUUCCCAGAUGGAAACAAUCACUCUACUGCACUGAAGAUACUAGAAGAAGUGAAAAGUAAAUCCUCACUGGUGGAAGCCUUCAACAGCAGAGUCCAAGACCUGAUCAG